ACUUAGCAAAAUUAGGGUUCAUCAUGAACAAACUUAUCAGGCGAAUAAACAGGCAAAGAUAUGAUUUUUCAUUCAUUUCUCCAGGAAUACAUAUAACCUUAAACAUAAAAAAAAAUAGAGAAAUCAACCAAAAGGCAACACAUUCACGGCGGAAUUUUCUGGGAAAAAUGGAUCCAGAUCUGAUGGGAAAAAAUGGAUCCAGAUCUGAUGGGAGGGAUCCCACCCACGAGACCAGGCUCCCAUCGUCCCCUUCACCACCGUUCCCAGAAAACUCCUCUGUUCAAAGAAAUUACCUACAAAAGCUGAGCCUAAAUCUUCACCCAAAUCACCGGCUCCGCAAAAUUCCUCUCCUUUUCUGCCGCCGUUCUCAACACCCAGACUCCAAGAACAAAAGACCCCCACUUUUCUAACCUAAAGUCCUCUAUUUAUACUCAAACCAAAACCAACCCUUAAAACCCUAAAAAUCCCAACCAGGAACGUUCCAGAAAUCACUCUCCGGGCUUUUCUGUGUCCACGGUUUUGGGCUCCUCCAAUCACCAGAAUUUUGCAAUGCAUUUGGGCCUCUCUGGUCUUUACCUUUUUUACAAACUCUGCGAAAUGCAUUUGGGCCUUAAAUCCACGCCCAAUUCAUCCGGUCGUCACCCACUCGUGCAUAGAUUUCCUCUGCAAAUCUAUUCCAGUUGCAGGGAGAUCGGGAUUUUGCCAACUCGUCGAAGCUCCGCGUGCACACCACCGCCAUCGCUGGUUGGUAGAUCUGGCUUUCCUCUCUCUGGUUCCGAUGCACACUCGCCAGCUGGGUCAUGGUGGCUCGUGGGGAUGGUCUUUUGCACGGCUGUCGGCAACCCAAGCUUCCAGAUAGCGGGAAAGGGAUGGCCGGGAUCUGUGCAAGGAAGAAAAGAAAACCGAGGGAAGGGAGAAGAUGGGUCGGUGAGGAAAAUGUUUUGGGGCAUGCAAAGCUUCAUCGUCGGUGGAUGGAAGUGCGGCUGUCGGCAACCCAAGCUUCCAGAUAGCGGGAAAGGGAUGGCCGGGAUCUGUGCAAGGAAGAAAGGGAAAACCGAAGGAAGAAAGAAGCCGAGGGUUUCAUGGGAGUGGAGGAAUCUUGGGUAUGGAGGGAAAGCUCGGUUGGAGAAGGAGAAGGAGAAGGGAGACGGUAGAAGGAGGAGGUGGUUGCCGGCUGUGGUGAUGAUGAAAUCGGUAAGAUGAUGGUGGUGAUGGUGAUCGGAGAAAGAGGAUGAAGAUGGCUGCUGGUUGCUAGCAGAAGGAUGGGGAGGGUUCGGGAGAAAGAGAGAGAAGGCCGAGACUGAGGGUUGACCGAAAAAUGGGGG